AUGGAGCUGACCCCAAUUGGUGCCGAAUUCGAGUCGAUAAUAGCAGCAGUGUUAUUAUUCCUAUUUGGCGGUUUAAUAUGCUUCAUGGCCUGUUUUGCCGUUACCCACUGUUAUCUAUGCUACAAACGUCGUAUCUUGAGGAAGAAGCGACGUCGCGACAGAAGUGAGGACCUUAACUACACCACAUUGGAUCUGGAAUCUCAAACCGAUGAAGUUUAUGUAUCAGAUGGACGAAAGAUUAAAGUACAACGACAGGCUAGGCCAUCGAAUGCCAGUUUUAGCUCGCAAGAGAGCUCACAGACUACUGGCUCGACUAAGAGUACUAAUACUUGA